AUGCUGCCGUUCGUCUUCGCCUUCGCCGCCGUUGCGUCCGGCGCGAGGGUCGAGCGUAGACAAGACGAGUGUGCCUCCACCACCACGCUGGACGCCCUCACCGUCACCAGGGUUGAGCCCAUCUCCAUCUACAUCUUGCCGGGCCAACUGGCGCCUACGGGCUCCAGCAACAGCGAUAACAGCAAUAACAAUAACGACCCCUUCACGGUGGUCUACACCACAGUAUAUCCCACCUUCUGCCCCGAGUGCUCCCAGGGCCUGAGGCCGCAGACGUACACCAUCACCCAGACCUGCACCGGCUCCAUCACAUCGUGCCAGCCGUCCGGCAACGAACUGCCCGCCGGCUACACGACGACGCAGGCCACUUGCACCGACUGCCCGACCCCUUUCAGCGCCGUCCUCACCGUCCCCCAGGCCACGGACGCCGUUGUCACGUCGACCUAUCUCGAGAUCGUCACCGCCCCCGACCUGACGACGACCCGGACCGUCAUCAGGACCUGUGCCAGCGAGCCCUGCCUGCCGGAGAUCACGGGCUACACGGGACGCGUCUCGACUAUCGACGCCGGCCUCUUCGCAGAGCCCGCCGUCACGGCUACCGCCACCGUCACCAAGACCGAGGAGCGGACUGCCACCGUCACCAGAGAUCCCACCGGGACUUUCCGACCCGGAAACUUCAACAACAACAACAACGACGACGACAGCGGUGCCGGACGGCUUGUCUCCUCGGACAAGUCAUUACUAUUCGGCAUGAGCGCAUUCGUUCUUUUGUUACUCGCUUCUUCAUAG